UAAUAUAUAUAUGUGGUUGUGCACUGAAAAAUUAAGUGCUGUCAGUUAUAUUCGGAAAAUAUCAGACACAAAGCAACAUAAAAAUAUUGAACUCCAGAUUAAAUAUUUCAUAUUUUUUUUAUUAAAAUGUCGAAAUUGCUUGCAGUUCCUCUAAAAAAAUCAUCGGAAGUUGAUGUUAUUAAACCUCUUACGAAUUUAAUUAAAAGUGCUUAUAGUGAUCCAAGUUCUCAGAAUGUUCAUUAUGCUGAAGCAGUUAGUGAAUUUAGUAAACAGAGGAAUACAGCAAUUUGGAAAUUUUUUGAGAAAUAUGAAAGUUCUUUAGAUAUAGUGUAUUCGUAUUAUGACCAACUGUGCUAUUUGGAAACGAAAAUUCCUGUGCAUGAAUUACAGAUUCCGUUCAAAUGGAAAGAUGCUUUUGAUAAAGGAAGCAUUUUCGGCGGCCGUAUGAGUUUAACUCACACAAACCUUGCAUAUGAAAAAGUAUGUGUAUUGUUUAAUAUUGCUGCUCUGCAAAGUUCUAUAGCAGCUUCACAAGGAGUUGACAGUGAUGAGAGUUUAAAAUUAAGUGCAAAAUUAUUUCAACAAAGUGCUGGAAUAUUUCAAUAUUUAAAGGGAGCUACCCCUGCUGCAAUUCCAUCCGAGCCAACACCAGAUUUGAACCCCGAAACUUUGGGUGUAUUAAGUUCCCUAAUGUUAGCCCAAGCACAAGAAGUUUUCAUUACAAAAGCUAUUAAAGACAGUAUGAAAGAUGUUAUUAUUGCAAAACUUUGCUGCCAAGCUGAAGAACUUUAUUCUGAUGUUAUGCGUGGUAUGCAAAAAGAUAAUCUAAGAAAUUUGUGGGAAAAGGACUGGAUUCCAACAGUAGCUGGAAAGCAAGCCGGUUUUCAUGCAAUGUUCCAAUUUUAUCAAAGUUUAGUUUGCCGAGCAAGCAAAAGGGUUGGUGAAGAAAUUUCCCGUUUACAAGAGGCAGUUGAGCUUUUCAAAGCUGCUCAGUCUAGAUCUGGAAGCCCAACACUUUUUGAAGAAUAUUCCAGUCGAGCACAAAGGAACUUGACUGAAUCUAAAAAAGAUAAUGAUUUCAUUUAUAACGAAAUGAUACCGGAUAUCAAAUCUUUACCGUCACCUGGAAAGGCACAAUUAGCUAAAGCUCUGCCGAUUGCAGCACCAAUGAAUCCAAAUCAUCACGAUAUAUUUUCGGAGCUUGUUCCAGUUGUUUUACACCAAGCACUUACUGCAGCUGAAGCUCGCAAAAAUGAAACUGUAAAUUCAGAAAUAUUGAAAUUACGUGAAGCAACACAAACUCUUAAUGGUGUCCUGGCAAGUUUGAAUCUUCCAGCUGCAGUAGAAAAUUCAGAUUCUGGUUCUGGUUUACCGCCAUCUCUUUUAGAAAAGUCUAAUGACGUGAAACAAAAGGGCGGAAUUGAUAGUAUCAAUAAAUUUAUCAAAGAAUUACCAGAAUUAUUAACGCGUAAUCGUGAAAUUUUGGAUGAAGCUGAACGUUUAUUGGAUGAAGAAAGAGAUUCAGAUAAUCAAUUGCGUAGUCAAUUCAAAGAUAAAUGGACCCGUAUCCCAUCUGAGAAAUUAACAGAAAUGUUUCGAUCUAACACAAAAAAAUAUCGAGAAGUUAUUAAUAACGCAGUAGAAGCUGAUAAAAUUGUAAGACAAAAGUUCGAAAAGCAUGUGAAAGGAAUAGAACUAUUAUCUAUGAGUGGAGAACAAAUCAGUGAAUCUAUUCCAUCAGGGACUGGUAGCAUAAAUACUAAUUCAACAACUGUCCAAAAAUUAAGAUCAUUAAUGGAAUCUGUUGAAACGAUCAAAGCUGAAAGAGAUGUGAUUGAGUCUGAGUUAAAAUCAGCUACUGUUAAUAUGAAGGAACAAUUUUUGAAAGCCUUGGCUCAAGAUGGCGCAAUUAAUGAGCCAGCGAUAUCAAUUUCGGAAAUUGGAAAAGCUUUGUCACCACUACAAUCACAAGUUCAAGAAAGUAUUGAACGACAAAAAACAUUAAUUGAUGAUAUCCAAAGUGCUCACAGCGAUUUUACUGCCGAAACUGGUAAUACAGGAGGUUCUCGUGAAGCGUUAUUCUCAGAAUUAGCAUCCGCUUACGAUAGCUUCAUAGAAUUGCAAGGAAAUUUGCAGGAGGGUACUAAAUUUUAUAAUGACUUGACUCAGUUACUUCUCGUUUUUCAAAACAAAGUAUCAGAUUUUUGUUUUGCUCGUAAAACCGAAAAAGAUGAACUAUUAAAAGAUUUAACAACACAAUCAAGCCGUCAAACUCCUGGACCUACUCCAUCAGUUCCUUCACAUUACUCUUCGACUACAACAACAGAUUCUACAGACUCAAAUCCUUCGAUACCUCCUUCAAUGCCUAGUAAUCCGGCAUCAGGUUCUAUGGGUAAUAUACCAUAUCCACAAAACGUUCAAGGAAUGCCCAUGCCGUAUGGCGCUCUACCAAAUGCUCCAUAUCCAACUUACGUUCCACCACCAAUGCCGCAAGGAUUCAACCCUUAUGCAACUUUACCGUACCCAAACUCUGGUUAUUAUACCGGUUUCCCUCAAGGGCCUCAACCAGGCCAUUAUGGUACGUAUCCUGGUAGUUACGCUCCACAACAACAAGGUGGAUAUCCAAAUCAAAAACCACCAGGAUGGUAAAUGCUAUAUUUAAUAAUUAAAUCGUUAAUGCUAAAAGCACAGGUGAUGGAUUGUUAAGUUGAGCAUUUAAUUCAUUUUAUUGUAAGCUGCGUAUGUAAAAUAUAUUAAGUUUCGAAAAUUUGAAAGUUUAGCAUUAAAGAUUGUUUAGUUCACAUGUUUUAGUUUAAUUUAUAAUUAAAAUUUUAUUCAAUAUUAUUAACAUAUUUUAAUAUUGAUUAAAAUUUUAAUUUAUUUACUAAACCUCAAAAAAUGUGACAAUAUAAUUCGAUAUUUUGUAUUUUAUAAAUUAAAAUAAAAUAAAUAUUAUCUUCA